CGAGCGUCGAACGGUAGAGAGAAUGAUGGCGGGCAGAUCUGCGAUGUUGGCGUUGCUGUUUGCGCUCAUUGCCCUCUGCGGCCCAUUGGCGGAGUGCGAAGAGAUCCACACCGAACACGGCCUCGGUAAGUCCAGACGCCAUUGGCCAUAUAUUGACGGGGCGGGGUGAGAUCCGAUGGACGGAUGCCCUCCAUGUGUGUGGCGGAAUGGAUGGAUGGAUGUGCAGACGCAGACGCCUGCGAGGGAGAGGACUGCGCCUUCGGCGGAGAAUUCGCCGCGGGGUGAGGGAAAUGAAUGGAUGGAUGGAUGGAUGGACAGAUCCCUCUUGGUAUGUGUCUGUGUCCAUCGUGUGUGUUUCCAGCGGGCGGACGGAAUGCUACCUGGUGAGCGCAGCACCAUCUUGCUGCGAAACAACAGCCGAUAGAUGGAUGGGUGUGUGGUGUGUGGAGGGUGAUGUUGUGGGUACUACUGGGUUUAGGGUGCGAGGGAGGUGGCCAAGGCUGUGCCGCGGGAGGGUUCUGGCCGGCUGGAAGAGGCCUUCUGCCCCGAGGUUAGAGAAUUUUGCGUCUUCAACGCCAGAAGGUUCACCUCUGACAUAAACUACUACCUCAUCGUACGUAUGGGAAGGAUCAUGCAUGCAUGCCAUGCAGACAAAGAACAUCAAUCGUCAGUCCAGUCAGCGUUGUUUGUGUGUUUUCAUGCCUGCCUGCCUGCCUGUGUGCCUGUAGGUCGGCACGGACUAUAAAGUACUAGAAGACUACGAUGGUAUCCCGCGGUGCGGCUUCAGGACACGGCUGGAAUUGAAAUGAGCAGGCUGGUACGCGCGACACGACGAAAGAUGUGUGUGUACGUGUGUGUACGUGUUGUUGUGUGGUGUGUCCCUUCUCUCCCAUCCCUUGCCACGCAGCCCACACACCGCACCCCGGCACACCACGGCAGCAUUAGAUAGCCGAGUAGGGAACCUGAACACCUCAACCGGUACAGGUACGUAUCCAUCCAUCCAUCCAUCCAUGCAUUCACACGCACCAGCCCAUAUCGUGUCGGUGCAUCCGUUCACACAUUCACGUGACGUGAGGGAUACACACAGACACACGGACACAGAGGUGUUGACACACACAAGGGGGGGACACACAGAGUUUUAAUUAUGGUGGUCAUUUUGUUUGUCAUGUGAUUUGUGUGAUCCCAUCGGCUGUCUGUCUGGUGUGGGUGGUGUUGGCCGCGCACUUCCAUGGCCUGGCUGCAGCGUUGCACUCAUUUCCUGGAUGGAUGGACCGUUUCCUUUGUCUUUUCCAUCAAAGCGCUCCAAACGAC